AUGGGCAAACGCAAAAAGUCUUCUCGCAAACCAGCCCCAGCGCGGCGGAAGGAUCCGUUGGAGACCAACUUCACUUGCUUGUUCUGCCACCAUGACAAGUCUGUCUCCGUUCGAAUCAACAGGAAGGAGGGUGUUGCGCAGCUUCUGUGCAAAAUAUGCGACCAGAGAUAUCAGAGCAAAGCCAAUCACCUUACGGAACCGAUCGACAUUUACUCAGAGUGGAUUGACGCUGCCGAUGCUGCAGAAAAGGACGCUGCUGCGACUUCAUCACGCAGGACCGUUGCUUCCUCAAGCAGGGCUCCCCGAGCACCAUCUGUAGACAGCGACGACUGA